UUCGGAUGACUCAUGGAAACUUCGGGGCAGGCGAGAAAAAUUAACAUUAACCUCAGCAUCUGAAGAUGAUAAGAAAGUGGUACAGAAAGCUAUAAAUUCAGAGGCCUUCAGUGCAUCAAUUAUGAGUUUCAAUUGAACAGUACACAGCGAAACAUCAAUCUCAAAGAUGAAUUCUGCAUUGCAAAUAAGCUGCCUCAUGGUUGUCUUUGGAUGCCUUCUGGGAACUGGACUCUGCCAAACUGAUGCUGAAUUCACGGCCAAGGCCCGCCAAAUGAUCGCCAUAUUUGGCAACCCAUCGGUCGAUCAGUACACAAAGGGCCGCAACUUGCCGGCCCUGGUCGACUUCUACCAGAAGUACUCAAACCGUCUGCAAUUGACACCUCAAGAGCGAGCCAAUGCCAACAAUGUUGUAAGGAGGUACAGGAUGCAGCAAUCCCAGCAAGUCGAUGGGGUUUCGGCCCAGGGAGGAUUCUGGUUCCUAAUACCCCUCUUUGCCCCGGCCAUUGCGGAAAUUGUGAAGGCCAUCGCAACGGCCAUAAUUUAGAUAACAAAAGGAAAAAGAACCGGGUGCGGGUGCGUAGGAUCAUUUCAUUUCGUUCAUUUUGUAAUAAAAUUCCCUGAUAUUCUACAUUAAAACAGAUUUUUAAAGUAAAGGCCAAAAUUUAAGCCUAUUUUCAUGUUAAUUUUUUUCGAGUCUCAACGGGUUUAUACUGUGAACCCAAAACUGCACUUCUAGAUUCCAUAACAUUUGUUAUUCAAAAUUCUCUAAUAUUCUACAUUAAAAAAGUUAUUUAAAAUGAAACUCAAAAUUUUAGCCUAUUUUCAUGUUAAAUUUUUUCGAAAUUCCAACGGGUUCAUAUUGUGACCCAAAACU